GGUCAGAGACUGCAGACAUGAUACAGGAGAAGGUCAGAGACUGCAGACAUGGUACAGGAGACGGUCAGAGACUGCAGACAUGAUACAGGAGACGGUCAGAGACUGCAGACAUGGUACAGGAGACGGUCAGAGACUGCAGACAUGAUACAGGAGACGGUCAGAGACUGCAGACAUGAUACAGGAGACGGUCAGAGACUGCAGACAUGGUACAGGAGACGGUCAGAGACUGCAGACAUGGUACAGGAGACGGUCAGAGACUGCAGACAUGGUACAGGAGACGGUCAGAGACUGCAGACAUGAUACAGGAGACGGUCAGAGACUGCAGACAUGAUACAGGAGACGGUCAGAGAC